AUGCAUAAGCGCAGCUGGUGGCGGAGCCCAACGUGUUGCAAGUCGUCACACACUCUACCACUGAGGACAGCAGUGGAGCUAAUGAACGUUUGUCUUAAUUUGAGGCCCUCAGUCCACACUUUAAAGCAAGCAGCUUUAAGCCCCGGUCCAACCAGGGCCAUAAAACCAUAAGCAGAGACACUUUUGUCAUACCUACUAGUUUUAAUGAAUCCAGCAGAAACGGCAAGGCCUAA